CUACGUCAUGUCCGCGGGAAGCGACGGCUGGUAGUCAACGAUUGUUCACUGCGAAAUAAUUAUCUUUUCUUUAUUUUGUAUUUAAUUGAGUAAAUGUCAAAAUGAUUCUUACUGUAAAGCCACUUCAAGGGAAAGAGUGUAAUGUUCAGGUGACAGAAAAUGAAAAGGUAUCGACGGUAAAAGAACUGGUAUCAGAACGUUUAAACAUCCCACCAAGUCAACAGAGACUGCUGUAUAAAGGAAAAGCUCUUGCAGAUGAACACAGAUUGAGUGAUUACUCCAUUGGACCAGAGGCCAAGCUGAAUCUAGUUGUGCGGCCAGCAGGAGAGAGGAGUGGAGGUGCAGUGGGAGCCAGUGGCAGUAGUAAUAAUGAAAAAUCUGCCAGUGGUGUAUGGCAAUUAUUGUCAACCGUCCUGGCCAAACACUUCAGCCCGGCCGAUGCUGCUAAAGUGCAGGAACAACUCACUAAGGAUUACGAACGCUCUCUCAGACAGCUCAGUCUAGAUGAUAUAGAGCGUAUGGCCAGCCGUCUGCUGCAUCCGGAGACGGAGGUCAUGGAUACUUCAUAUAUGGACUGAAACAAACUACAAAGAUGAAUCUUUGACUCCAUUGGACUACCCCUACCCAUCAGCUACAUGUGUGGGAGUAGGAUGUAUUUAAUAUGAACUGUUAGGAAGAAAAAAAAGCCAGAAGUCCCCUUUACAUUACAGACUGAGGUGAUCUUUCUCAAGGCAAGGGGCCACAAUGCUUACCAUUGCUUUCCCAUCGGAGGAAACUGGUGGUGGUUUUAGUGCAACUCUGUAAAUAUCGUGUGCAAAUUAUUAAUAAAAAGUGUUCUUGAUCA